AGGUCACAAAUCUUUAUGCAGAUUAAGAAUAAGAUGGACUUAAGACGUCUGGGUCCAAUGAGAACUGCUGCUGCUACCAGAGACCAUACUAGAGUGGAACAGCCAAGGUUUGUCAGAGAACAAGGGCCACAGCAUCAAGCAAUCCGCAAUCCCCCAAACAGACAAGGUAUGGGAUAUCAGCAAGCCCCACCCCCACUCCCACCACCAACUAGAGUCAUACACAUGAUUACGGGAGGUCUGGAAGCCGGUGGACUGAGCUCUAAGCAGCGAAAGUUGUAUGUCAGAGAGGUUAAGCAUCAGAACCGAGCUCAGAAGCGAAAAUUUGAUAAUGCUGAGUGGAAGAAUCAACCCAUCACUUUCACAUCUGCUGAUCUCGAAACAAUUGUCACACCUCACAAUGAUCCUUUAGUCACUUCUUUCACGAUCAACAAUUGUGAAGUGCAGCGUGUCCUUAUUGACACAGGGAGUGCACCAGACAUCAUGUACUUCCAUUUUUUUGAGAGUCUUGGGUUAGAUCCCGCUCUGUUGCAGUGGUAUGAUGGUCCCAUUUACGGGUUUAACAACCAACCAGUUCCAGUUGAAGGAGUCCUCACUAUGAAUGUUGCAUUUGGUAGUGGCCGAAGUUAUGUGACCCCUUCAGUCAGGUUUCUGGUAGUCAAGAUGGCGUCCUCAUUCAAUGUCGUCAUUGGUCGACCCACACUGACUGAAAUCCGAGCUGUGGUUUCCCAAUCUCAUCUAUGCAUGAAGUUCCCAACUCUUACGGGAAUAGCAAUGCUGCGAGGAAACCAGGAGGUGGCCCGGCAUUGCUAUAUCACCUCGGUAACACAACCUCAAAAGGGCAAGGCUCAGACACCCGAGAUUAAUCACAAACAGAUUCCUGAUGAUCGGCACGUUAUGGGUGUUGAAAUAGUGGAUAACCGACCAGAAGAUGAAACCAGAGCUGCUCCAGUCGAAGAUGUGGAAGAGGUACAGAUUGAUGAUAGAGAUCCGAGUCGGAAAAUGCAAAUUGGGACUAAAUUGAACCCGAAAGAAAGAGCAGAGCUAAUAGCUUUUCUUCGGGCCAAUAAAGAUGUUUUUGCAUGGACUUCAGCAGAUAUGCCGGGAAUUCCCACUUCAGUUUUUCAACAUAAACUCAGCACCAAUCCCCUCAAGAAACCAGUAGCCCAGAAGCGACGCCUCUUCGGGGGGGAGAGGUUAACAGUUAUUAAAGAAGAAGUCGAGAAACUCUUGCAAGCUGGCUUUGUCAGAAGGGUCGAUUACU